AUGUCGCACCAACUCAAGGUUGGCUUGGAGAUACAUACACAGCUCAAGACUGCCAGAAAACUAUUUUCAUUGUCCCACAAUAACACUUCCAUUCUAUUAACUAAACCCAACUCACAGGUGUCAUUCUUUGAUGUCAGUCUACCUGGUACACAGCCUCGGUUGAAUCCUCAAGUGGUUCUAUAUGCACUUAAAUGUGCGAUAGCAAUGAACUGUCGGAUCAACGCUGUUUCACGAUUCGAUCGUAAGCAUUAUUUCUAUGGUGAUCAACCUUUGGGUUAUCAAAUUACACAGAGAUACCAUGCUUUGGCCAAUGAGGGUAAAGUAGUACUAAGUAAGAAAUAUGAUGGAUUACCACAUGAUACGACUAUCGGUAUUGAACAAAUUCAAAUAGAGCAGGAUACAGGACGUUCACUAUACAAGUUAGGGGAUGGAAGUACAGAUGUCGACUUCAAUAGAUCCAAUAUUCCAUUGAUUGAGAUGGUCACAAAGCCGGAUUUCGAGGACGUUGAACAAGUGCGAUCGUUUAUUAAGAAAUAUUCAAGAAUGCUUCAGAAUCUGGAUGUUUGCACUGGUGAAUUGGAUACCGGUGCAAUCAGAGUGGACGUUAACGUUUCCAUAGAUAAAUAUCCAAGGAUUGAAUUGAAAAAUAUUCCUACUACAUCUGCCAUAGUUAAUGCUAUUCGCUAUGAAUACAAGCGACAGUGUGAUGUGGUCAACGAGGGAGGAUCUAUUCGAGAUGUAGAGACUCGAGGUUGGGAUGGUAAACGUACCUAUCGUCUAAGAUCCAAGGAGGAUUCUAUCGAUUAUCGUUAUAUGCCUGAUCCAGAGCUUCCAGCGUUGAAGUUGGAUAUAGCAGACAUCUUGCCGAAGUUAAAAAAGACUCUUCCAUUGAGUGUUGAGCGGAAGAUGGAUAAGCUGAUGACACAGUAUGGUCUUAAAUUACGAGAUGCCAACAUUCUUCUCAAUGAUCCGAUACUUCUACGGUACUAUCUAGAUUUGUAUGAUGAGGUUUAUUCAAAACGAUCACUACACAAUAUGGACAACCCAAUCAACUGGCUUGUACAUGAUUUUAUGGGAUGCCUAUCCAAGUCUAAUCUCAAGUUUUCCUACAAUAUUUUGUCAGUCAAAGAGUUUGCCGAAUUCUUGGAAUUAAUAGAUAAUGGAACUGUUACAAAACAGAACGCAAAGCUUCUUCUAAUGCAUUUGGUAAACAAUAGAAACGAUCAGAAGGUUCCCCUAACCAAAUUGGUGAAUGAUUUCAACAUGAACUCUGUGAAUGAUGACGAGUCGCAAGACAAGUUAAUAGAAGAAAUUUGCAAUAAAGUGAUCAAUGGAAACAGUAAAGUGCUGAAAGAUAUUGUUGAAAGGGGGAAACAAAGCAAGAUUAACUACUUGAUCGGCCAAUGCAUGAGAGCUUGCAGAGGAAGGAUCGAAGCACCAAAAUUCGAGAAGCAAUUGAAGCGAAAAAUACUCGAAUAG